UCCAUAUGCCACCGCACCACACUGGAUUGAGGGCUUACCUCCCUCUUUUCGUAUUCGCUGAAACUACUGAACCCUUUGCCUCAUCUUUCGAUCAGUCAAAUGAAAUGCAUGCAGUCGUCCAGCUUCUUUCGCUUUUUGUUUCAUCGUCAAAAUUGUGGGGUUUUAGUUUCACCUUUCUCGACUAAAACCCCAAACUUGUCACCAUUUUCUCCGGUCAAGGCACUGUACGAUCAGAUUCAAAUUGUCUGCGACCCUAGGGCUUCGAUUAUUCCAGUGCUCGACAAAUGGGUAGAACAAGGUCGCAGCGUCGGUAACAAAGAACUCCGGUCACUCAUUCACCUCAUGAAGGAUUUCAACAGAUUCAAUCAUGCUUUAGAGAUUUCUAAGUGGAUGACUGAUCGAAGGUAUUUCAUAUUAUCUCCUGCUGAUGUUGCAGUGCGAUUAGAAUUAAUAUCCACAGUUCACGGAAUAGAGCAUGCUGAAAAUUACUUUAAUAAUAUUUCAAACAGCUUAAAAUCGGCAACUGUGUACGGUGCUCUUCUCAGUAGUUAUGUGCGACAGAAAUCCAUUGCAAAAGCAGAAGCCGUCAUGCAGAAUAUGCGAGAGAUGGGAUUUGCCACAACAUCUUUUCCCUACAAUUUGUUGAUAAACCUAUAUGCUCAGACUGAAGAACAUGAUAAGAUAGAUGCAUUGAUGCAAGAAAUGGAAAAUUUAGGAAUACCUCAUGAUAUGUUCACAUUGAGAAACCGAAUGAAUGCUUAUGUUCGGGCAUCCGACAUUUCUGGCGUGGAGAAAAUCCUGAAUCGGAUUGAGGAGGAUCCCAACUAUGUUUUUGAUUGGAUAGUCUAUUCACUUGCAGCAAAUGCAUAUCUGAAAGUUGGGUUAAUUGAAAAGACUUUGGCAAUGUUAAACAAAAUGGAGGGAAUAAUGAUCCCUGUAAAAAGUAAAUUGGCUUUCCAGUAUCUUCUUUCACUUUAUGCAAGCAUUGGCAGUAAGAAUGAACUUUACAGAGUAUGGAAUCUAUACAAACCAUUGAAUGAAGUACAUGGCACGUCAUAUUCUGUUAUGAUCACUUCUCUUGCGAAGCUGGAUGACAUUGAGGGGGCUGAGAAAAUCUUUCAGGAGUGGGAGUCCAGGUGCUCAUUUUAUGAUUUUCGGAUAUUGAAUCGGCUACUUGUUGCAUAUUGCAAAAAAGGUCUUUUUGAUAAGGCAGAAUUGGCUGUAAAAAAGGCUAUUAAGGGGAGAACACCUUAUGCGAGUACUUGGUAUAUAUUAGCUGUUGGGUAUUCAGAAGACAAGCAAAUGGACAAGGCAGCGGAGAGGUUAAAGAAGGCAUUGUUAGUUGGAAGAAAAGGAUGGAGGCCAAGGUCCGUCCUUUUGGAUGCCAGUCUAGAGUACUUGGAAGGGCAAGGAGAUGUAAAAGAAAUUGAGGAAAUCAUAACGUUACUAAAAAACACAGGUGCUUUGACCAGGAAUAAUUACCACAGUUUGUUGAGGGCUUUUGUCAGAAUUGGAAAAUCAGUCUCUGAUGUUCUUGAUCAGAUGGAAAGGGAUGGUUUUACAGCCAAUGAAGAAACUCACAGGAUUCUUGAAAUGAGGCCAAGCCUUAUGUAGUCUCUGAUGUUCUUGCUUCAACAAUGAAUUAUAAUCUGAUACUUUUUGGGUUGUCAAUCCUGAAUUGAGGUGGAGGCUGGAUUGGAGUUUUUUGACUUCCAUGGCUGCAGUCCUUGAAAAUGGAAGGAACCUUCGGAAUGGAGAAGGACAAAAUAAAAUCAUUGAUCUGCUGUGUUAGAGAAGGAAGCUUUUAAAUUAGCCCUGAAGAUCAUUGAUUUUGUAAAUUUAAUUAUACAAUCUUCACUCUGGGAUGAUGUUUAAUAAAUAUUAGUUCAUUUUUGUCUAAA